AAAUCUUUAAGAAAAAAAUGAAUAAAAAUUCUUUGGUUCUGAGCUCCCACUUCUAGCCUGGGCUCUGCUCCGGCCUCCUCUCUUCCACCACCCAGGCCCUUCCUCAUUCUCCGCACCUCCAUCCCUCCCACGUAGCCAUUCAGGGCAUGGAUUUCUGAUCCAAUCUCAAGUGGAGCUACAUUUUUGUUUUGUUUUGUUUUUUGGGGGGGAGGGGCAGUGGGAAGAAGGAGAGAGAGAAUCUCAAGCAGACUCCCCUCAGAGCCUGACGUGGGGCUCGAUCUCACAACCCUGAGAUCAUGACCUGAGACAAAAUCAAGAGUCUGACGUUUAACUGAUGAGCCACCCAGGUGCCCCUGGAGCUACAUUUUUGAAGGAUUUCCCCUAACUCUCCAAACAUCAGGACCCUCUUAUAACACAUCCAUCAUUACCUCUUUCUCUUUUACCAACUCUUCUAAGGUGUCCACUUGGAGUCUUGGAGCCUCUUUUUGUUCUUGGUCAGCCAUGGCUGAGAGUCAUUAAAUGUUUCCUUCUCACCUGUUAGCUCUAAAUAAGGCAUAUGUCAAUAAUUUGCAAUACGUACAUCCUGUCCAAGACAUACCAGAGAAGUGACACAUGCUACCAUGGUAAGUAGAGCUGGGAGAAAGACUCCUUCAUAUCCUAAGAAUUCAUGGAGAGGAAGUGAUUUCAUUUCCGGGCUAUUAAGUAACACGCUCUCCUGGGCUGGGGGUUCCUUUUCUACUUCCUCAAAUAUUAUCUGCAUAGGAUGAGGACCUUGAGGAUUCAUGUUAGGUGGAUGGAUGGGGAUUUUAAUUCUGGUGUUCUGGAUCAAAGAAUAAAUUGGGGCCUCAAGUCAAGGUGGAGAGCGGAAAUCCGCAGCUGUCAAAUACCGGGUUUUCCUCACACCAGGACAGCCGUGAGGGCACCGUGAGAAGAUCUGCUUGCUGCCUCAUGUUCUUCUCCUGGGGAUGGGCAUCUGUUAAAUCCAGCAGCAUGAAAGAAUAUGGCGUGGGGAAUGAGCUUCAGGCUCAAACAGGCCUGGUUCAAAUACUGGCUCUGCCUUUUGCUCUCUCUUCAGUGUUGCCAAGUUUACUUCGGUUCUUUGAGGCUGCUUCCCCUAUAUAUAAACCGGAGACUCAAAGGGCUUUUUGUGAGGACUAAAUGGGGUCGCUUAGGUGCCCGUGCCUGGUGUGAGCCCUCCAGCCCCUUCCGGUGUGUUCUUCCCUAGUUGGAUUUGUCUUCCAGUGAUUCAGUCCCCAUCUCUCAUUAAUUUUUAUUUCUAUGGGCAGGAAGCCUUUUAACCCAACACACCUAAAUCCCUCUUCCCACCCAAAGGACGAGAGAGCCAGGAAGCUGCGCUUCUGGAAGGGUUUUGCAUAGCUCUGGGUGGGGGGCGUUCCGUGGGCGGGAGAGCUCCUGGAGACAGCAAGCUGGAUCUCCUUGUGGUCCAUCCUUCAGCUAGCACUUUUUUGCUUGAAUUUGCACUAAAGUCCCUAGAACACCAGAUGCUCCCAUAUUCAAAGGUUUCCAGAAGUAUGCAGGCUUUUGCCAACAGAAAUCGGGCCUUGAAAGGGUGGAGGGGGUGGGGCCCGCCAUGAAUAAUGUAGAAGCUAGCAGCCUCAGAGCUUGGAACAGAAAACACUUCAGCCCAUCCCCUGGGGGACCUGUAGAAGAUGUGCCUCCUGGAAAAGGCUGCAGCCUUCCACCAGCCCUUUACUCUUUGUUCCUGGUUCCCACCCCACUUUGUCUCCUUUUGGCUAGUCAGUAUGCCUCCGUUUCUACAUUGGCGGUUUAUUUUAUAAAACACUGGCCAUGUGCACGCACGCAUGCGUGUGUGUGGCUUUGGAAGGAGUCAAGCUUCCACUGAAUUAGCUUAGUUACUGACAGCCAAAAUACCUUAGGUUGCAAAUUUUGUCCCAACACAGACCAGUUAUCCCCUUAUUAAGAAAAAACAAAGUUUCUAAGGACUCCUGACCUUCGGUCCAGGCCAGCUGGCUUGUGAAUGUGGUCUGGUCUUCCUCAAGGGAGAUCAGGCAAUCCGUAACCACUUCUGUAAAACUCAGCUCUCAAAACAUAUCUUCUUUAUCAAAAAAUAAGGGAACUCAGAGUUUCCUCAGAAAGCUAAAACCUUUUUUAAAAAAAUAUUUAUUUAUUUGAGAGAGAGAGAGAAAGAGCAGCACAAGCGGGGGAGGAACAGAGGGAGAGGGUGAAGAAGACUCCCCCCCGCUGAGCAGGGAGCCCAAGCAGGGCUUGAUCCUGGGACUCCAGGAUCAUGACCCAAGCCGAAGGCAGACUCCUAACAGACUGAGCCACCCAGGUGCCCCUGAAACCUUUCUUAUUUUAUAGAUGAUGGGAGCAACAGCGAUUGGCCUGUCCCAGAACUUUCAAAGCACCUGUCUGAACCCCACAUCCUAUGUUCAUGGCCUUCUGAGAUUGGGUGCCAUGUUGUCAGCCCAUCCAUUCCUCUCAUUUUUUUUCCCCAUGACAGGAACCCUCUGCUCCAUAUACCUGCGUCCUUCCUGCUUCUGAGCCUUUGCUCUUGGUGUUUCUCUGACUAGAAUUUCCUGUCCCUUCUUGCCUGCCCAAAUCAACAUUCCUUCAAGGUCCUGCUUCAGUCCUGCCUGGGUGAACUAUAUCUCACAUCUUCCUGGAUGUCUCCCCAUUUACCAGAUCUUAUCUCCUAAAGUUCUCUAAUUGUCUCACGGUUGUGGGGCUUUAUUUUCUCCCAGAGAUCUUAAGCUCUUAGAGGCCCUGUUUUAGGCCUUUUCUGCACUUUGCAGCAUCUGACCCCAUGUGGGUCAAUCCCUUGUUGAAUGGGAUUCCUAGAAAUGGCGUGGGACAGCACGUACAGGGAGCCGCUGGACCUGGCUUCCAGUUGGGGUUCUAUCCCACCUUGGCUAUAUAAGUUCAGGCUGAUGGAGUUUCUGCCCUUUCCCCCCAUGUAAAGUAGACAUUUAUUCUCAUGGGCUCAGGUACAAAGAGAAGCUCUGCUCAAACUCAGAAUGAGACCCAACCCCUGUCCUUAAAGAGCUAUAGUUUAGUUGGGAAGAGGGGAGUUUAUACCUUUGACUCCCCAUCUAGAAUGGGAGGAGGGUGAGUUGUACCUCAUUCAUGGCCAAGUCUCUAACUUCUAGCCUGGUGCCUGGCACACGGGGGACAUUAAGUAGAUAUUCGAGCUUGUUGAACGAGGGAGUUGAUAAACAAAUGAGUGAACGUACCCAGUGUCGCAGGCGCCCAGAAAGAAGAGGUACGUAGGAGGUAAGGAGUGGUGAGUUGGUGGCAGGUUUUUGAAGAAAGACUAGGAGGUUGCUGAACAGACAAGAGAGGAAGGGCAUUCCCAGGAGAAGAAACUGCAAAGGAAGAACACCAAGAUGUGAAGCACUGGGCCGGGUGCGAAGAACCUCCCAGGGAGUGAUGGCUGGAGAGGGGGCGUGGCAGAGAAGAGCGUGCCACCAGGGCAGAGCAUGGAGGUCACAGUACCUACCACCCUCAACGUCCUCAAUGGCUCCGAUGCCCGUCUGCCCUGUACAUUCAAUUCCUGCUACACAGUGAACCACAAACAGUUCUCCCUGAACUGGACUUACCAGGAGUGUAGUAACUGCUCCGAGGAGAUGUUCCUCCAGUUCCGCAUGAAGAUCAUCAACCUGAAGCUGGAGCGGUUCCGAGACCGCGUGGAGUUCUCAGGGAACCCCAGCAAGUAUGAUGUGUCGGUGACGCUGAGAAACGUGCAGCUCGAGGAUGUGGGCACCUACAACUGCUAUAUCAUGAACCCACCCGACCGCCACCGCGGCCACGGCAAGAUCUACCUGCAGGUCCUCAUGGAAGAGCCCCCUGAGCGGGACUCCACGGUGGCCGUGAUCGUGGGUGCCUCCGUGGGCGGCUUCCUGGCGGUGGUCAUCUUGGUGCUGAUGGUAGUAAAGUGUGUGAGGAGGAAAAAAGAGCAGAAACUGAGCACGGAUGACCUGAAGACGGAGGAGGAGGGCAAGACAGACGGAGAGGGCAACGCAGACGAGGGCCCCAAGUAACGCGGCCCCGCAGCCCCUCCCUCACGUCCUGUCUUCCUCCCACCCUCUGCCCUGCACAGUGUGCCCCUGCCUGCCCUCUCUCGGUGUGCUUCUCUUGAACCAGGGUCCCAGGGCCCACCUGGGGCCUCCUGAGCCCCUCACUUCGUACCCCCCACCCUGCACCAAGAGUGACCCACCUCUCUUUCAUUUGGGAAACCUGCCAUGGCAUGUGGGAUGUGCGGGCCCCUGGGGGGAGAAGUGGGCUCAAAACUGCCAGUCCCUGAGAGGAGGCAGGAGGCCUGUGGGAGGGUCCCAGAAAGAGAGGGAGCGAGGGAGAGAUCAGUUGCCCAGCCUGCCCUGUUUGUGGACUGGUCUGGUGGGCCUCAGGGAGGAUCUGCGGGUGGCGAAGGGGCUGCCUCAAGAAAGCCCAGGCUGUGGCGUGGCUCUGCUCCCUGAGCUGCUCCAAGCCUUUGUCAGGCUGGGGGUGCUGAUGGGCUCCUAUCGCUUGAGUGGGGGCAUGUCGAAGGGAUGACCGCAUUUCCUGGCCAUUGAAGGGAAGCCUUGGCCCAGGGGCCUGUGCUCUUACCCCUUCUCCAUCGAUAGCUGCUACCACAGGAGACUUAGGGGGUUUUCUGCUGGCUGCGAAUCUCUUGGGAUUUGGGGGGCGCACGGCACUGAAGACUCACCGAGCUGGGUCUGGGCGGGUUGUGUGGUUCCAGGUUGCGGUCAUUUUUCACCAUAGUUAACCGCUAACAGGAGACAAAUUUCAAAGUCAGCUGAGGUCUGAAGGGAUGGGGGCUCCAUUGACAAAUGGAGUUGGUUGCAGACUGCCUUCUCCAGCAGGGUGACUGCAGGGUGAUGGCAGGGUGACCAGCCUUGGCCAGGUGUGGGGCUGGGGAGGGUGGAAACCACAGCGCGGGAGUUGAUGUGUGGAGUGGGGGCUCCAUUCGGGUCUUCUGUUCAAACUUUCCCAGUGACCCUCAGCAGGGCUUUUAGCUGGCUUUUGGGUAGACACCAGGGAAGGGAAUGCCCUGAGGGAAGCGUGAGGGGGGCCUCAGAGCCUCUGAGAUCCUGUGGCCAUGUUAUACCCUCCCUGCCCCAGGGACUCCCUCUGUGGGGAGGCAGGUAGCAUUUCUGGAGAGCCAACUUUCACUGCCAUUUUACUCACAUUAAGAGGGAAUUAUUUAAGCCUCAAGAGAGGGAGAGAGCCAGAGAGAAACUGCUGACAUGACCUCUACCUUGGCAGACCCUAAGAGAUUGAGGAGGCAAGUCACUCGCUACCGCUACCGCUACCGAUGGGGAACCAGGUUCAAACUGACAGACUGAGGGUCCCGCCCUCCCCCCCUCUGGCUCCUCAGUCUCCAGUUUGAAUCAACAGAGCCAUAGUUUUCCCUGUGGGAAGGGCCUCUGCGGGCAGGUAGACAGGUGAGGUGAGGGAGCUGGGCCAUCCAGGCCUGCUCCUCUCCCAGGGCGCUGGGGAUGGAGGGAUGGAGCGGGAGGGCAGAGCUGCUAAUGAGGCCCCACCCCUGCCCCGGACUGACCUUCUUUAGCAUUUCCCCCGCCUUUCCAGGAGCUCAGACCCUGCCCAGGCUCUGGGAGUCAGUGCCCAGGGCAGGAACCUGUCUGAGGAAAGGGGGUGGAGACAGGACUGUGACAGUCUCAGGGACCAUUCUCUGCCUCUGCCCAUCAGAUGGCCAAUUUGGGGAGAGAACAAGAGCAUACAGGAGGUUCAGUUUAAUUCACUUCAAUUCGACAUCCAUUUAUUGAGCAUCUCCUGUGGGCCUGGCACUGUGCCAGGUGCCGGGGCUGCACGCAAGGCCGUAACAGAGUUGGGAACUGCCAGGUCAGCACUGUGGGGACCACGAUUCUUUUUUUUUUUUUUUUUUUUUUUUUGGUGUGUCUAAUGCCACCUCUGCAGCCACUGCUUCCAGGCUGGAGUUGGAGAAGGAGGAAGUGAGUCCCGAAUCGGGGCCCUGGGAAGGGAAGAAAGGAAGGGAAGGGCGAAAAUGUACAACAGGGGACAGGGCGACAGGCCAGGCAGAGUGGGCACAGAGUGGGAGAUGGAGAGCCUGGGUGACAGCUCCUGGGUGGGGUGAGUCCAGCUCAGUACCUAACUGCCAAUCAACACACUGCCAAUGGGGGUGGGCUAAGCCACCAGGAUGCCUGGGGCAGGCGGACGCAGCCCAUCCUUGGAGCCAACCAGCUAAGACGGGAGCGAUGGGUGGUGGGCAUCUCAUACCAGCUGAGACUAAGGGCGGCUGUGAUACCCUUCUGCAACCUGCAGAUUUCCUUUUUCGGUGACCUCUCAAGCGCUCUCCUCUCCAGGGCGAGUGAGGAUCUGUGCUGAUGCAGGACACUUUUCUUUUUCCAGGAUGCCUAACAUUUAGGGAAAAUUUUCGUGUGAUUCCCUAGGUUUAUUCUAAGAAGUCCUAACUCUCCAUCAAGAAGCCCCAGACUUCUGGGUUCCUUCUUUUCAAUGCCCUGACCCAGUGGGGUCCCCGGCUGCCCACCCUCAUGGGCACCUUCUCCUGUAGCCUCUUAGGAUUUCUCCAGAGGUCUCCUAGAGCUGCCUCCCCCAGGGCCAUGAGGCUGGGAACAAGAUGGGGCUUCUGUGAGUAGAGGUGGGAAACUGGUGACAUGUUUCCACAGCAGCCAUUUCUCUACCCUGCUUUCUAGUUUAUACCAGCAAGCUGCUCCUCUCCCUGCACUGUGGGGUCAAGCCCCACUUCCUGCUGCAUGUUUCCGUCACUGCGCUCUGCUAGGUCCAGUCUGCUGGUUUCCUCAACUGCCCCUGCCUCUCCUGUUGUCUUGGAACUCCCUGUCUGUCUCUUCCUCCUAAUUAAGGGCCCCCGUAAAGAGAUGGCUGGCCAACCCAUGGGAUUGAGCUUUUAAGAACAAAGUACAAUUUUUCAGGACUGAAAUGCCUUGAGGUGCCUUGAAACUGGCUUUGAAAAUGGCUGUCUGCCCCUUAGCUACGGACUAAUCACAGUUAUUCCCAAUUUAUUAAAAGGAAAAGACGAUUGGAUCCAUAUUUUCUCCCCGGAAGUCCCCUUGGGGAAGGUGGGCAGAUAAGUGUUUACAAGGUCAGGUGAAGCAGAUGGACAAUGGAAAAUACUGGCCAGGUCCCAAAAGACAGUCCCAGGCCAUAGGGAUGGCGUGGUGCACUUAGAAUGAGUGAUGAAUCAAGAAAUUUUCCUUGCACCUUGUCUUAAGGAUAGACAGCCUGUGCCUCUUGCUGAUGUCUUCCUUUAUUGAUGCUUGCUGAUGCAUUAUGCAUAGUCUAUAUAGGUAUAGAUAUAUUCUGAUACAAAUAUAAAACAUGGCACUACGUCUACCCCCAAAAUUAUACUGGGUGGGGGGGACCAUCAUUUCUCAAUGUUUUGAGUUGAUUCACCAAAGGCAAAUUAUGGAAUGUUCUUAUGGCUUUUUGUGCACUUGGAGAAGAAAACCCAACUACUUAUGCACUUUCUUGGUUUUGUGUGCUCCAGGGUGGCUGGAGGGAGGUGGGGAGAAAAACUUCAGUGUUCCUCUGUGACCCAGCUGCUGUGAUGUGUCUGCUUUUUGGAGCAGACUUCAUUUCUUUUGCAGUUUUUCGUAUUGCUUGGAUCUAUUGGCUACAAUAAACAGAUCAUCUCCCCUGAACAUCCCUCGAGUGUGGCU